AUGUCUAUGGUCAACGCCUCCCGAGGGAACAAUCCGAGCCGGAAUCAGCCACGGAGCACCACGCCGUUCAACAAUGCUUCCUCUGCUGCUGCGACUUCCGGCAUCCCUCGACCGGUGCUAGACCAGCAGCCGCCUGCUGAAUCCAGUGCUGCCGGCCUCAGCGCAAGCAGACAGAAGCAAUCCAAGCGCGAUGAGGCAAUUCGGAGGAAAAUGGAGAGCGAUCUCUCCAAGAAGAAGACUCUCACGGGCCGGUCGCGACCGAAUCGCAGAGCCCCUCCCGGUACUGUGCUUGCCCUCAAGCCGAGCCAGGCUCUUCAGAUCAAGCCUGCCACGACUGUCUCCGAGGCUGCUCAACUCAUGGCCGCAAAGAGGGAGGACUGCGUGCUGGUUACUGAUGACGAGGACCGGAUUGCCGGUAUCUUUACCGCCAAGGAUCUUGCGUUCCGUGUGGUCGGGGCUGGGCUCAAGGCUGCCAACGUCACUAUUGCUGAAAUUAUGACCAAGAACCCUCUCUGUGCCAGAACCGACACAAGUGCAACCGAUGCGCUGGAUCUCAUGGUCCGCAAGGGUUUCCGCCACUUGCCUGUCAUGGACGAGAACCAGGAUAUCUCUGGAGUGCUGGAUAUCACAAAGUGCUUCUACGACGCCAUGGAGAAGCUGGAGCGCGCAUACUCUUCCUCGAGAAAGCUCUACGACGCCUUGGAGGGCGUGCAGUCCGAGCUGGGCGCCAGCCAGCCGCAGCAGAUCAUCCAGUAUGUGGAGGCUCUUCGAUCCAAAAUGUCUGGGCCCACACUGGAGACCGUGUUGAAUGGCAUCCCGCCUACCACGGUCAGCGUCCGGACCUCGGUCAAAGAGGCUGCGGCCAUGAUGAAGGAAAACCACACCACUGCGGUGCUGGUGCAGGACCAGGGCGCCAUUACCGGCAUUUUUACGAGCAAGGACGUUGUUCUUCGUGUCAUUGCUCCAGGCCUGGACCCGGCCAAUUGCAGCGUCGUGCGUGUCAUGACCCCUCACCCCGAUUUUGCCCCAAUGGACAUGACCAUUCAGGCAGCCUUACGGAAGAUGCACGAUGGCCAUUAUCUCAACCUUCCCGUCAUGAACGAUGGCGGCGAAAUCGUGGGAAUGGUCGAUGUGCUCAAGCUGACUUAUGCUACAUUGGAGCAAAUCAACACCAUGUCAAGUGACAACGGCGAGGGCCCAGCGUGGAAUAAGUUUUGGCUUUCCAUCGAUCAUGAGACGGAAUCUAUGGUGUCCGGCGACGGCAGCCUCAGCCACCACCCUCACCACGGAGGGUCUCGUAUGAUGUCGCCCGAGGCGAACCGCCUGGGAGACAGCGUCGCUCCCAAUGACUCUGCAUCGCACAUCGGAUUGGACUCACCUCCUCACUCGAUCAUUCCGGAGCACACGCCCGGCGAUAUUCCGUUUGCCUUCAAAUUCAAGGCGCCUUCAGGACGUGUGCACCGAUUGCAAGUUGUUGCAUCGCAGGGCAUCGAGUCGUUUGUGCACGCCGUCGCAUCCAAGCUCGGAAAUGAAAUCGAUACCCUUGGGGGCAUGCCCGAUGUCUAUGACGGCAGAAUCGAAGGCGCAGGCUUUGCUGUCAGCUACAUGGACAACGAGGGUGAUACCGUGUCCAUCACCACCGACAAUGACCUGCUAGAGGCCAUUCUCCUCGCCCGCCAAGCGCAUCUUGAGAAGGUUGAUCUCUACGUGCAUGACUCUGAGAAGCAACCUUCAGCCCCUUCAGUAGAGGCAAUCCCUACCCCGGUCUCAUCAACUCCAGGCCUCCGUGAGCGACGGAGAACUUACGAAGAGGAGUCGGAGAGUGAGGAAGAGGAAUCAGAGGAGGAGGAGGAACGACCUGUUCGCCGAUCGCGGAGAUCAAGGACGGCGGUUCACCAGGAGCAGAUUAUUGCCGGUGUGCCCAACGAUCUCCUGCUGCCCGGUGCUAUCAUCACUCUGGCGGUGUCGGACGGCAACAGGAGCGCAACACAAGCCGCAAUGAAUGUCCAGAGCGCUGCUGUGCGGCAUGGCCGCCGCGCAUUGGCGUCUCCUCUGCCGCGAACCGUUCUGCGACAAAUCUCGACCGAAGUCAAGACGGCGACAGCCUCAAGCUCGACAUCCAAUGGACCUGCCCAGGCGUGGCCGACACCCCAGGCUGCCGCUGCCGCUCCCAAGAUGGUCUCUUCAUCGAAGAAGAAGCAAAAGAUUGUCGAAGAAGUCAUCAUGACGCUUGGAGCCAACUCUUCGCAGCAGCACCACGGAACCGCAUGGACAAAGUCACAUCAGAGGGGCAAGCAGAACUUGACUCCCUCCCAGCAGUAUGCCGAGUUUCAGCGCAUCCAGAAGAAUACGAGGAGCCUCGGUUCGAAGCUCGAGAAGCGCUACAUCCCCACGGAAAUCAUUAGCAAUCCUCCGCGGCCAGAGGACGUUACGCUGGAGCUGUUGAUGGCGUCGCAGACACACAUGGGACACAACACCUCACUAUGGAACCCGGCCAAUUCACGAUACAUUUACGGCGUGCGACAGGGCGUCCAUGUCAUUUCUCUCGAGACGACAGCGGCGCAUCUUCGACGGGCGGCCCGAGUGGUUGAGGAGGUGGCCUACCGCGGCGGCAUCAUCCUCUUUGUCGGUACCCGCAAGGGCCAGAUGGAGAUUGUCACAAGGGCUUCUGAGCUGGCAGGCGCCUACCACCUGUUCACAAAGUGGACCCCUGGAGCCAUCACAAACCGAGACGUCAUUCUCAAGACCCAAGGCAUGAAGGUGGUGGAUCACAUGGAUAAGGAGCUUGAUGGAUUCGACAUGUUCAAGGGCACGGCGAGACCACUGCUGCCGGACUUGGUGGUUUGCCUCAACCCCUUGGAGAAUUACACGCUGCUGUACGAAUGUGGCCUGAAGAACAUUCCUACGAUUGGAGUCAUUGACACAAACACCGAUCCCUCAUGGGUCACAUAUACGAUUCCCGCCAACGACGACAGUCUUCGUGCUAUGGCAUUGGUUGCUGGAGUCCUGGGUCGCGCGGGAGAGGCCGGCCAGAAGCGACGUAUUGAAGACUCGAAAAAGGGCGACAUCUCAUGGAGCACCUCUCCUGAGCUUAGCCGCCACAUGAGAAAGGAAGUGCAGGCUGCUGUCCUCAAGAGGAAAGAGGUCAUGGGCAGGAUGCAGGCCAACAUUCAGGGAUUCACAGAUGAGGAGUUGAAGCUGCUGAGGUCGCAGUACCUGGGCGAGCAGCAGGAAGAAGUCACUGAAGAUGAAUUGGUGAAUCUGAUGGGAGAGACUGUCGCGAGUAAAGCUGCAGCGACGCCUGCUGAGACGCCGUUGAGCGCGCAGUUGGGUAGCAUCGAAGCGCAGCUGGACAGUUUGAAGGUGAACGCGGCCGAGAUUGAGUCCGCAGUCCGGAAAAGUGUAUGA